AAAAUUUCGAUUAUUUCAUCUCAAGAACUACUUUAAUUCUUCCUUUUUCUGCCCAUAAAAUGAAGUUUUCAAAUGUGCACUUGAAAACCUCAAAAUUCUCAAGGCUAAUAAACUUCAUUUUGAUAUCAAGUUUUAUAUGUAUAAUCUGUCUCUCACUAACAUUAUCAUUAUUCAACUUACAUAGUACUAAAUUCUCACAUUACUCAGAUUCAUUACAAGAUUUGUCAUCGUCGACUUCGCUCAAGCAUAUUGUGUUCGGCAUUGCUUCGAAUGAUAGAUCAUGGCGAAAUCGAAAAGAUUACGUCAGGCUAUGGUGGAGGCCUGAUGAAAUGAAGGGAUGUGUUUUCCUUGAAAACAUGCCGUCCAAUACAACACUAGAUAAUGAUAGAUUUUCCAAUCUUCCACCUAUAUGUGUCUCCGGUGACACGUCUAGUUUUCGCUACACCUACCGGAAUGGUCUCCGGUCAGCUAUUCGAGUGGCGCGGGUUGUGUCGGAAACUGUUGCCCUCAAUCAUUCAAAUGUGAGGUGGUUCGUUUUUGGAGACGACGAUACAAUUUUCUUUCCUGAUAAUCUGGUGAAGACACUGUCGAAAUAUGAUCACGGGCUUUGGUACUAUAUUGGGACAAAUUCAGAAAGUUUUGCGCAGAAUAAGGUUUUCUCCCAUGAAAUGGCCUUUGGAGGAGCAGGUUUUGCCAUAAGUUAUCCUCUUGCAAACGUGUUGGCUAAGGUUUUCGAUUCGUGCCUCGAACGAUACCCUCACCUCUAUGGAAGUGAUGGUAGAAUUCAUGCCUGCCUAUCAGAGCUUGGUGUAAGUUUAACACACGAGCCAGGUUUUCACCAGAUGGACUUUCGAGGGAAUAUGUUUGGUUUCUUGGCUGCGCACCCCGUUAGACCCCUCGUGUCUCUCCAUCAUACGGAUGCGAUGGAUCCGAUUUUCCCCAACAUGACUAAAAUGAAGUCCCUAGAACAUCUAUUUCAAGCUGUACAAAUCGACCCGCACAGGAUUGUACAACAAACUGUUUGCUAUGAUCGAUGGUUUUCUUGGACAAUCUCGGUUUCAUGGGGAUAUGCUGUUCAAGUUUUCCCUAAUAACGUAUUUUUGCCCGAUGCUCUGCGAAUGCAAGAGACUUACACUUCUUGGAAAAAGAAUGGUCUAAACGUCCAUUACAAUCUCAAUACAAGGGAACAUCACCCAGAUCCAUGUCGAAGGCCACCGGUAUUUUACCUCGACCAAGUAUCAUCAGGCCAGGAUGGGAUAAAAAGCACUUACAAGAAGAUGGUCUCUGAAAAUUGCACAUAUGACAGGGCUUCGCCGAGGAAGCUUGAAGAAAUCAGGGUGUUCUCUCACAAGCAAGAACUUGACAUCAAACAGUUGCAGGCACCAAGAAGGCAUUGCUGUGGUGUAUUACCUAAUGCAGCUGGAAGUGUGAUGGAAAUCAAUAUUAGAGAGUGUAAGAAUGAAGAGUUGAUAAGCAUGCAUCCGUGAUGCUAUACCAUUCAAUAUGAGUUGAUGACUCCAAGCUCAUGAGUUUGUCAAUGUGGAAACUGAUUAAAGGACCCCAUUGGCUUUGGAAUUUUCUUCAUUAAGAAAAUGGCAUGUGGGCUGGAAUUGUUUAGUUACUGUGACAGUAAAUGCCGUGUUAGGCAAUUUAGGCUAGAAUUCAAAGUUUGGUAAUGACCCGUUAAGUACUUAGUGGAGGAGAACUUAAACUAUAGCAAAAGCAAAUGGGAUUUGGAGUGGAGACAAGUGUAAAGCUUACUUCAUUGAUUCCUAAUUAAAUAUACUUUUGACAUAGAAAAUGUAUAUAGAGUUGAGAUGUAUUGUUUUUAAUGUU